AUGUCUAAUUUUAUCACCAAGAAGUUAGCCAACGCCCUCGCCAUCCGCCCCCGCACAGUAGAUGUCGCUGUAGCCGGAAUAGGUGAUUCCGUUAAGCAAAUAAAACGCCAAAUAUCAGCUACAAUCAAAUCAAGAACGAAUAAAUUUUCCACUACCCUCGAGUUCCUCGUAAUGAAGAAACCUACUGCUAAUUUGCCAACGAUACCGCUUAGCACAACCUCAUGGAAAAUUCCGAAGAUCCAACUCGCGGAUCCAUUCUUUAACGAACCGGGACUAAUCGACAUUAUCAUCGGUGGUGAAUGCUAUCAUGAAAUUCACACUGGGAAGCGCAUACCAAUCGGCAGUGGUCUGCCGCUGCUAAUUGAAACAGUCUUUGGGUGGACAGUUUCUGGAAAGGUACCCAUCAAAUCUACCUAUGCUCCACCCACCUGCUACAUUUCGAACGUCGAUAGAUCGUUGGAUACCGCUCUCCAACGAUUCUGGGAGCUAGAAUCGGUACAUCAAGGUCCGUUAUAUUCCGCUGAAGAAAGAAGAUGUGAAGACAUUAAUGCUAGCACCACCACUCGAACUCAAUCCGGAAGGUUCGUCGUUCGCCUUCCUCGGUCUGAAGAUCCGCAAGUCACCCUUGGCGAUUCGCGCGCGAUUGCCAUUCGCCGAUUUUAUAGCCUCGAAAGACGCCUCGAAAGAGAUGCCACUGUCAGAACCGCCUACCUCAAGUUUAUGGAGGAAUAUGCCAGCCUCCACCAUAUGCAAAAAAUCGAUCCAGUACCCGACAAUUAA